AUGCAACUUCUAGACGGCGCCGCAGUAUCUGCACAUAUAAAAGAACAAAUAAGGCUUGAAACAUUAGCAUUACAAACAACAACCGGAUGCCGGUUCCCAGUGUUCAAACAGGAGAUUGAGGAAAUGAUUUUCUUCCUUGGUGAUCACAUUAUCGGCACUGAUCUAACUCGGGGAAGCCAGCAGCAGAUCAAGGUCUGUGUACUUAACACCAAAUCGCUUGGCAAUCGGCGCGUUGGUUACACAGCCUUUAUAAAGAUAGACCCCAUGCCGGAUGCCUGCCUUGUUCUGUAUCAGCCCUUCUACACCACCACCGUCAGCGCUUUGCUGCAGGAUGGGCAUCAGCACAUUACUAAUGGCCCUGGAGGCUGUCCGGGAUACCCCCGAUGCUAUAUUAGGCACACAGUAGUGGAUCACAUCGUAGACUUUAAAGAUGGGGCUUUCAUGAGAAGUCAGUUUCGAUGUCUCGAAGCAGCCACCCCGGAUAUGGUUAAUAACGAGGAUAAACAAAACCCGUUAUCAGACGAUCGGCUCAAAGAAUUAUUGCAGGAAAAAGGAUUUAACCUGGCACGCCGCACUAUUGCAAAAUACCGGGAGCAAACCAAUAUACCAGUAGCCAGAUUGAGAAGGCAGGUCUGA